AUGCUGUGCCUGCUGGCCGCGCAGCCCGUGGUUGGCGACUGCUUCCUUUCGAUCAUCCCGUUCCGCUCUGGGGUGAACGUGUGCGAGUUGCCAGCAACGGCCCUGACGGGGACGACGUUCGGUGCGGCAUGCCGGCAGAACGACCAGCUUCUCUGUGUGGGUAUUCGACCGAAGGGCGAGUACCCCGUCAUGGGGCCUCCCGACGACACAGUGCUGGCCGAGGGCGACGUCCUAAUCUUUUUGGUUCCCAACCACGUGAAGAGAGACAGCCGCACGGGCCUGAAGAGGACCCGAAGCCAGAUGCUCCUCCAUUCGGCGGGCCAGAUCGCGAAGCGGCUCUCGAUUACGAACGCGACGGUGACGCCCGUGCUCGGCGACGGCACGCUGGCAGGCCCAGGCGGUCGAUACACAGCAGGCCCCGCCGCGAAGGUGCGGCAGAACAGCCUCACCGCGAGCAUCGAGUGCAUGCCCGUCGAGGAGUCUGUCGCGGGCACGCCGCGGCAAGAGGAGGCCGGCACGGACGCGCAGGGGCGCGCCAGCUCCGACGCCUACGUCAUCAUCGGUUUUGCCGACGACUUCCCAGACAUCCUGAACGCGUUUGACGCCUACGUCGCCCCAGGCACGAAGGUCCACGUGCUCUCGUGCAUCCCCGUAGAGCAGCGCGAGCAGAAGCUGAGCAGCAUGCCGGAAGCGAUCAAGAACAUCACUCUGGUCCACCACGAGGGGAACACGAACUCCGUCAGGGGGCUCACGGCCCUGCCCCUCGCCGAGGCGAAGGCGACCCUGGUGCUCGCGGAGGGCCAGGCUGGCAAGGUCGACGCCGUCACCAGCGAUUCGGCUUGCCUCGCCGUGGCGGUCACCAUCGACGCCAUCCUCAACGGCCGCUACGGCAGCCCGCCGUGCACCCCGAGGGGCCGCAUCGUGUGCGAGAUGCUGGACCCGCAGGCGGAAGUGUUGAUCAAGCGGAACGAGGCCCUCCGCGACAAGUUCACGUUCUUCCAGAGUCGCCGGCUGCCAACGACACCGCCAACGACACUGCCAACAUAUACAGACGUAUUCAUCAGACAAUGCAUGUCCUCCCCUUCUUGGCAAUGCAGUCAUGACCAGCCUGUUCACCAUGGCUGCGUACGACCCGCAGAUUUUCAACUGCUUGGUGCUCAU